UCCACCGAGACACACACAGCCAUCUUGGAUCUAACGAAGCGAAGAGACAUUGAUGCGGUGACGAAAGGGAUGUUUGUUCCUAGAAAGAAAUUAUCAGAGUUCGUCGAAAUAGGCGACAACGACAACUUUACUGAUGACAGCAUGUAUUACAACCCGACGUCGAUGUUUCCACAUCGAUCGGAGAAAGAUAUGUUGUCCUCUCCUUCACCGUCGUCGUCUGGUCAGCUGUCGCAGCUUGGUGCGAGUUUGUACGGUCCACAAAGUGGAAUUAGCUUCUCGGUAAGGGGUUUGGGGAACAGUACGCCUCAGUUAAACCGAAAUCUAACGCAAGGCACGCAGCUACCGAGUCAUAUCACGCCAACAACAGGUGUCCCCACCAUGUCCCUUCAUACCCCUACAUCGCCAAGCAGGACAGUACAGAUGAAUUCGAGGAACAUGCUGAACCACUCUCAGGUCAGUCAAGGCAUUGGGAUAAACGCCAGGACCAACAGCAUGGGCAGCUCGGGGCUGGGAAGCCCCAACCGCAGUUCACCUAGUAUCAUCUGUAUGCCCAAACAGCAGCCAGCACGCCAGCCUUUUACCAUAAACAGUAUGUCAGGAUUUGGGAUGAACCGUAAUCAAGCUUUUGGAAUGAACAACUCAAGCAACAUCUUCAAUGGCACAGAUGGGAGCGAGAAUGUAACGGGACUGGAUCUGUCGGACUUCCCUGCGUUAGCAGAUCGGAGUCGAAGAGAAGGAACUGUAAAUCCAACACCGGUGCUCAACCCGCUGGCUGGACGGGCGCCUUAUGUUGGCAUGGUAACAAAGCCAUCGAGUGAACAGACACAGGAUUUCUCCAUCCAUAAUGAGGACUUUCCUGCACUACCUGGGCCAAACUAUAAGGAUACCAUACUGAACAAUGACGACAAUAAAAAUAACUUGAACUCUACAAGCAAGAGCACGUCGAGCACUGAUGGGCCAAAGUUCCCUGGAGACAAAACGACCUCAGCACAGAACAACAACCAGAAGAAAGGGAUCCAGGUGUUGCCCGAUGGGCGUGUGACAAACAUUCCCUCAGGAAUGGUGACGGACCAAUUUGGCAUGAUCGGUUUGCUGACGUUUAUCCGGGCUGCAGAGACCGAUCCGGGGAUGGUCCAUCUGGCGCUAGGAAGUGACCUAACGACGCUGGGACUCAAUUUAAACUCACCUGAAAACCUGUAUCCCAAGUUUGCCUCUCCUUGGGCCUCAGCACCAUGUCGACCUCAAGACAUUGAUUUUCAUGUUCCAUCAGAGUAUUUAACCAAUAUCCACAUAAGGGAUAAGUUGGCUGCAAUUAAGUUGGCUCGAUACGGUGAAGACCUGUUGUUCUACCUGUACUACAUGAACGGUGGGGAUCUGCUACAGAUUCUCGCUGCAGUAGAGCUCUUUAACCGGGACUGGAGGUACCACAAAGAGGAGCGGGUCUGGAUAACGAGAGCGCCUGGCAUGGAGCCGUCACUCAAGACCAACACCUACGAGAGGGGCACCUACUACUUUUUCGAUUGUCUUAACUGGAGGAAAGUAGCCAAGGAAUUUCACCUGGAAUACGAGAAGCUGGAAGAGAGGCCUCAUGUGCCAACAACGUUCAACUACAAUCCUGCCCAGCAGGCCUUCUAAGGCCCAGCCAGUCCAAAGGCCGCAGCUGUUCCUGCACACAGCACCGUUGUCGAGGAGGGACGCUGAUACGUGCAGCCUGGUUUUUAUUCCUGGAGGAUUUGGCUAUUUGACUGUGGGGGUUGCAGUCAACAUUAAAACUGUCCUGCCUUUCUGAAUUUACAUGCUGCCCAAAACACCAACACUUGUUCUGUUUUUAAUGUUUUUCGUUCCUGUUUUUUUUUUUUUUUUUCUUUGUCUUGUUUAGACCAGGGUCUGUGUUAUGUUUACGUCUGCGAAUCUGAAGCCUGUUUUCUCCCAGAGGAGGAUUGACCUUGUGGCAUGAGACAGUGACAGAACAAAGGUUUCACCUCAUACUUACAGCAAGUGUUAAGAACACGGAAAAUGCAAAAAAAGAAAAACUACGUUAUCCUCAAAUGGAGGUGAAGGGGUGAAAGAAUUGCAAUGUUUAUUGUUGCACUAUAUUUAGUAAUAAAAGAACACAACAUUUGUUUGUGCAUUUCUAUGUGAACACUCCCUGAUAGUUUUAUCUUUUUUUUUGUUUUGGGUCAGGGAGUUCUUGAAACAUUUCCUAAUGCAGCCCGUUUCAUUCAUCUUUUUCUUUUCUUCCUUUCGUUAAUUUACAUCUAUUCCUCCAACAUCUGUAUUUGCACUACCAAAUUAUUUUUGGUGUCAUUAUCUUUUUCCGUCUGUCUCUGUCUGACUUCUGUGCCAGCUAAACAUGGACACAAAUCUGGGAGACUACUCUGGUUUCCACGAAUGUGGAGAAAUCUUUCGAGUCUGAACAGCUACACAACUUUGCUCUGGAGCAAACAAACACUUUCCAGUCUUUGUUACGAUUUUGUAAGAAAUGUGUACAUUUGUUUCUUUACAUCACAUAAAUAAGUAUAUGUAUGUAUGAAUGUAUAUAUGAUUGCUACACACAAAUAUAUAUACAUAUAUAUCUAUAUAUAUAUGUAUGUAUAUAUAAAUGUGUGUGUGUAUGUAUGUAUAUGUAUAUACAGUAUAUACGUACACAGACAUCUAUUUUGGAAGAAACUUCGCCCUACCUUGUACCUCAUUUUUUAUGAGGCGAGCAUGGAUGUAACAAAUUUUGUGGUUCUGCUGGACAGGGUGUCACGUGGCACAAUGGGCACCUACAUCAUAAUACAAAUAAAAUGUCAUUAAAGGAAAGGCUCGAUUCUCAGCCUCCAAAACACCUACAAGACAAUAAAAAGUGAUUAUCUCCAGAGUCAUAAGUCCACAGUUAAAGAAGGGACGUGUUUAACUUCAAGCUGUUUGAACAAUCUUUAACAGCAACAUUUCAUAGUUUAAGGAAAAUUUGCAGAGGAAAAAAAAAAACCAACAUCCAGGUCAUUCUUGUACUUUUUGAAGUUAAAAGCUUCUUUUCUUUGUAUUAAAGCAGAAAAGCCUUUCCUGAA